UUCUAAAAUAUAUGAUCAUGUUCAUGGAACCACCAAUAUCAUGUUUUCAGUGUAGAUGCAUUUCUUCCGUAACAAAACUUGCAUCAUAUGCAACCAACACUAUCAUGAGAAAAAAACUAAUAAUAAGUAUACAGUUAAUAUUAGUCUAUUGUAGAUUAUGAUUCCGUAAACUGGUUCAAACAAAACUCAUUUCAGUUUCAUCAUUUGACGAUGAUUUGUGUUUUGCUGAUUUUGACAUCAAUUUUGGCUACUUUAGGUUAAUCCUUCAAAAGAAUUCUUAUCUGUUCCAGAUUAUCAUGCGUUGAUAAAAACAGUUAAGGUAAGCAACGUAACCGCCGCUGCUACAGAGAACGAUAUCAAGGAAUUCUUCUCAUUCUCUGGUGACAUUCAAUAUGUUGAGAUGCAAAGUGACACUGAGAAUACUAAGACUGCGUAUGUUACCUUUAAGAAUACACAAGGAGCAGACACAGCGGUGCUCUUGACGGGUUCCAACAUAGCUAAUGCGUCUGUCAUCAUCACACCAGUUGAAAAUUAUCAACUGCCCCCUGAAGCUCAACCCUUUAGUCCGUGCUAUUCUCAGGACCUAAAGAAAACUCCUGAUGCUGUUAAGAAGGCUGAAGAUGUGGUGAGCACUAUGCUUGCCAAAGGUUUUGUUUUAGGAAAAGAUGCAAUUGGCAGAGCGAAGUCCUUUGACGAACGCCAUCGCUUGAGUUCAAACGCGUCUGCCAAAGUUGCUUCCCUUGAUCGUAAAAUCGGAUUGAGCGGCAAACUAAGUGUCGGAACAGCUUUAGUGAAUGAAAAAGUGAGAGAGAUGGAUGAGAAAUUUCAGGUUUCUGAAAAAACAAAGUCGGCUCUUGCAGUUGCUGAGCAAAAGGCAAGUGAUGCUGGAUCUGCUAUCAUGAGCAAUCCUUAUGUAUCGACCGGAGCUUUAUGGGUGUCGAGUGCAAUUAGUGCUGUUGCAAAAGCAGCUGAAGAUGUAACCACAAUGACUAAGGAGAAGGUUGAAAUGGCUGAGGUUGAUAAGAAAGAGAUCGUUUACAGUGAAAAGAAAGACGUUGUUGAUGAAUUGGCCCAGAUACAUUCCGAGACACCUUCACCUGGAAACUCUCCUCCAACAGUUGCUGCUAAAUCGAAUAUAUGAAACUUGAUAUCAUUCUCAAAUCUCAAUCCUUGGCAUGUUCAUGAAUCAUGAGUACAGUUGCAUUGGUUUAGUUUUGCUAAUUAGUUAGAGUCAGUAUUCAUUCAAUCUUCUACUGCUGGAAGUUGGUUUGCUUGAUUAAAAUUUUGUUAAUUGUUAUAUUAAUGUAAAACUUGUCUAAUAGAGUUGAUUCUUAAAUAUGUAUGGAUGAAGAUUUAUGAAAAUGUAUUAAUACUUAUACGUCAAUGUAUUUACUAUAUUUAAAUAUGUCCAAAUUUCCUCAA